CUGACUCACUUCCGCCCGGUGCGACGUCACUGGCCCGCGCCGGAAAUGGCAGAUGUGCUGAGCUGGUAAUUGUAGAGCCGGUUUUGAAGGCGGCGGGAUGGCGCCAAAAGGAAAGGUCGCCACAAAAGGAAAGAAGCAGAUUUAUGAAGAAAACAAGGAGACCCUGACCUUCUAUCUGCGCGUAAUCCUGGGGGCCACAGUGCUGUAUGGAGCAGUAAAUCUUGGGCUGUUUUAUAAUUCCUCCACCUUCUGGACGUGGGUGGUGUUGGCAUUCUGUAGUAUAGUUUAUGCAGCCGCUUAUCGCUCGAUGCGUGGUAUGGCCCAAGCUUCUUUCUCUGAAGAUGGAAGUUUGCUUGAUGGAGGAAUAGACCUGAACAUGGAGCAAGGAAUGGCAGAGCAUCUUAAAGAUAUCGUUCUGCUGACUGCGAUAGUGCAGGUGCUGAGCUGCUUCUCGCUGUAUGUCUGCUACUUCUGGCUGCUGGCUCCCGGGCGUGCUCUGUAUCUGCUGUGGGUUAAUGUCCUCGGCCCCUGGUUUACCGCAGACUCUUCCCCUCCGGCCCCACCAGAGCAGAACGAGAAGCGGCAGCGGCGCCAGGAACGCAGACAGAUGAAGCGCUUCUGAUGCAGCCCGCUGCGUUGUUUCACGCGAGCGCUGGAGACCGGCAAACGUUUGUGAAGAGACUGAUAAUGGUGAAGCUCUAUUUUUAAUGAGAGGUUAUGUGAUUUCAUCCAGAGCUUUACAGAGUGCGCACGUUUCUUAUAAAAUGUUUGGUUCCAA